AUGAUUGCCGCAGUAUACUUUACUCACGAGGAAACGUGUCCACCAGAGAAAAUGGUCGUAUUAGUUAGAGAAUGCGAAGCCAAAGACACCAAGCUUAUAAUGGGUUGUGAUGCAAACGCACAUUACACAUGUUGGGGCAGCACAGACUGCAAUUCUAGAGGAGAAAGUCUAUUGGAGUUCUUAGCAGCUACGAACAUAGACUUUCUCAAUACGAACAGCAGACCCACGUUCCGAAAUGCCGUAAGGAAGGAGGUCAUAGACAUCACCCUGGCCUCCAGGAACGUGUGGUCCGAGGUUAUGGACUGGAGGGUGUCGGAAGAAGUCUCCAUGUCGGAUCACCAACACAUUGUGUUCAGACUCGGCGAACAAAGUACGCUCGACCAGCUCAUAAGGAACUUUAGGAAAACAAACUGGGUAGGUUACAGAGAGGAACUCAAGGCCAAGGUCAGUUUCUUCCCUGUCACAUACGGGGCGGCGGAGGACAUCGAUCACUACAGUAGGAUCCUAAGGGAUAUAAUAAUAAGUUCUUACGAGAACAAUUGCGUAUUUAGGCUGAAGAGGCCAUCGAAGGGCGCUCCCUGGUAG